GCGCUGCCCGGCGCUGCUGCCAGUGCACAGUCUGCUGUCGCCAUGGCGGCCGGCGGUAGUGCCAAGGCGGCCGGGCGGCCCUACGACAUGGUGGUGUUCGGCGCCUCGGGCUUCACCGGCCAGUUCGUGGUGGAGGAGGUGGCGCGGGCGGCGGCGGCCGGCGAGGGGCAGCUGUGCGGCGGCCGCCUGCGCUGGGCCGUGGCCGGCCGGAGCCAAGAGAAGCUGCGGGCGGUGCUGGAGCGGGCGGCCGAGCGGCUGGGGAAAGCGACGCUCGGGGAGGAGGUCGGCGUGCUGCUCUGCGAUGUGAGCGACGCGGGCUCGCUGGCCACCAUGGCGAAGCAGACCCGGCUGGUGCUCAACUGCGUGGGCCCGUAUAGAUUCUUUGGAGAACCUGUGGUAGAAGCUUGUGUUGAAAAUGGUGCAAGCUGUAUUGACAUUAGUGGAGAACCCCAGUUUCUGGAAGGAAUGUACCUMAAAUACAAUGAAAAGGCUGCGGAAAAGGGAGUAUAUGUCGUUGGGAGCUGUGGCUUUGACUCUAUACCAGCGGAUAUGGGAGUACUGUACACCAGAGAUAAGUUGAAAGGUACCUUAACUGCUGUUGAGAGUUUCCUGUCGGUGAAAUCUGGGCCUGAGGGUGUUUGUGUACAUGAUGGGACCUGGAAGUCAGCUGUCUAUGGCCUUGCGGAUGAAGACAACCUGAGGAAGCUUCGGAAGAAGAUAGGAUAUGCCCCUGUUCCAGUAGUUGGUGCUAAGCUUAAAAGAAGAGGAUUUUUGUUUUACAAUCAGGAAUUCAAGGAGUACUGCAUUCCAUUCAUGGGAUCUGAUGCUUCUGUUGUGAAAAGGACUCAGCGUUACUUGCACACCAAGUUGCAGGAAACACCUGUUCAGUAUGGCGCUUAUGCGAAUAUUGGUGGUCUGGGCUCUGCUAUCAAGCUGAUGUUUGCUGGCAUGUUAUUUCUUCUUCUGGUGAAGUUUAAUUUUGGAAGAAAACUUCUGACAAAAUACCCGGAAUUUUUCUCUGCUGGACGCUUCACAAAGGAAGGACCAACCCAGAAACAGAUGGAUGGAACCUCUUUUACAAUGACUUUUUUUGGUGAAGGUUACAGUGAGGGACAAGAUCCCCAGAGUGGCAAACCAAAUGUGAAGAUCUGCACUGAAGUGAAGGGACCAGAGCCUGGAUAUAUUGCUACGCCAAUUGCAAUGGUUCAAGCAGCUGUAUCUCUUCUGGAAGAUACAGCUUCUCUGCCUAAACAGGGUGGUGUAUAUUCUCCAGGAGCUGCCUUCUCCAAAACAAAGCUGAUUGAUCGCCUGAACAAACGUGGCGUUGAGUUCUCUGUUAUUAGCAAGCCUGAAGUCUGAAGUCAAAAUGUAACUGUAUGAACUAACAACUUUCCUGGGUCUAACUCUAAUAAAACUCAUUUGGCUGCAAAAGCCUAAUAAUAAAAUAGUUUCACUGUGCUAUUGUUUGCAGCAGAAACAGAAGAAAAUUUGAGUAAAAACUGUAAUAGUAUUUGCUGUAGUGAGUAACUCCUAAAGGGUAGGUAUUGAGUGUUAAUUCACAGACAUACUAAAUUGGUAACUUCUUGGGUACUAAUUCUAGAAUUUAAUCUCAUUCAUCUGAGUUCAAGUUCCUACUUCAUGGACCCUCUAUAGCAUCUGAUUCACAACUAACCAUAACUGCCUUGCUUUGGCCCAUUUACUGCAACAGUGUAAAGCAGGCAGUGUGGAAAAGUGCCUUAGCAGAUGAAACUACUGCUUAUUCCUCGUGUGUUUGGCAUAUGUCUUUAUUAAAAUCUUCAAUGAAUCUUUGCUUUAUUUAAUAACUGUUCUUAGUGCAGAUUUGUGUGUAGUUAGGUAAGUAGCAAUGAAGUGUAUUGUGCUUUUGCUUCUGUAAAGAAGGAGGCUUGUUCUGUUGGUUGUUUUUGGAAUCUGACCUGAUGGGACCCAGGUUCUGGAUGCACUGGCCAGUUUCACACUUCUUGAUACUGUGGUUGAUGAGCCUGCUUUUUGCUGUUAGCAUAAGAAUUACGAAAGUGUCUUAUAGGGUUCUCCAUCUGAUUUCUGGGUUUGUGUUCGUAGGGAACAGAAGCUUUGAGUCACAGGAAUAUUUGGAAAGUAGGCUUUGUGAUUUUUGGGAGUGUGAAUACAUGAAAUUCUGUUUCUGUGUAGAGGCUUUUUUUGUUGUAGAACUUGUAAAAACUUUGAAAACUACUCUGAGAUAUAUAAAGGUCAUAAAAGUCUG